AUGGCUUUGUAUUUUUCCGCUGCUGUUAUUGCUCGUAUACAACGCUUUGCUGAUGAUAUUCCUCUUCCUCCUGAAUAUACCGUCUUAUUCGAAAAAGUCGCAUCUGAGUUCCUAUAUAUGAAGGCAGGCGUCGCGCAAGUGCUAUCUGAAUAUCAUCUACCGUGUCUUCAGUGUAUUGAUAAUGAUUAUCCUCCUGCAUUGCCAUUCGACCUCCUGAUGUUCCAGCAAGUCGUCAACAGCCUAUGGUACAAUGUAAUCGGAACUAAGACAUCGCCACCAACUACCAUGCCAUUGAAGUUACAAAAUUUGAAUACGAUGAAGAUAGUUGACGACAUCUCUAAAUUCCCUGGUCAGAUUGAGUACAUAUUUACUCGUCAUCAAGAUUGGAUUAAGCCGUUAGUUGGCUUUUAUCAAAAUAAAAUUACAGAGAGCGAUAUUACAAUUUCCAACGAAAAAAACCAUGGAUAA